AUUACAUCGAAACAGUUGACAGUAUAAUUACAUACUAAACACUCUGGUUUAAAAAAUGGCCUACGUUCAAAAAUUAAUUGUGCUAGCAACAGCAGUAUGCUCGGCUUAUGCGGCGUCGACAAAUGGGACUGUCAGCCUGGCCACCAACACUAAAUCUAACGGGAACAAUUUGAAAGACUACAAUUCAUGUAUACUUACUAUACUUUUGAGUGGUAAGUGCGGCGAUAUCCCGAUAACUGGUACCAGUGAUCGGGAAAUGUGCAAUGGUGUCUACCAAUUAACAGAUUGCAUCAAGAGCAAUUAUAACAGGGUUACCUUGGGUGUCUGUACCGCAUCGGACAGGGAUGAUUUUGAUCGCAAUUUUGACAGCAUUGAGGUGUGCAAAAAGGUUGAUGAUAAAUGUGAUGGACAGACUUAUACACGACGUUGGUGCAAGGACAAUGGCUAUAACCCACUAAACCCACCAAAACCACCAAUGCCCAAGUUGAUUGUCAAGACAAAACACAUUGCACUACCUAUUGACUUUUUAAAAGCGAAUGCCGGUUUUUGCGAUGACCAUGAUGAUAUAUAUUUUAAAUCAACCGAAUCGCUCGUGGGUAAAAGUCAACCGCUAGAGUGUCUAGUACCAAUCGAUGCCAACAAUCUUAAUUUGUGUGAAAAUUAUAUCAUCGAGUUCCAUGCCAAACCAUAUCCAUCAAAGAAUUCCGAGUUAGAGGUGGAUCCAAAGUGCACCUGCACAUAA